AUGGCAGUUGAAGUUUGCAGCAUUGGUUUUUGGGAUGGUCGCUGGAGUCAUGUGCAGAAGUUUCUGGAGAGAUCGGCCCCUUUCACACACCCAGACUUUGAGCCUAGGGACGAGGUGGAAACACAGAAGGCUGUGUUUGGUGUGCCUCUGAUCGGCCUGAGGAAGAGUGGACAGAUGAGGCAGGGUCUUCCUCUAGUGCUCAUGCACAUAGUGGAGUUUGUGGAGAAGCAUGGUCUCAGUGAGAGCGGCCUGUUCCGGGUUAGCGGGAAAGUGAAACUCUGCCAGGAAUUAAGGAAAGGUUUUGAUCAAGGAAGCUUUCCGGAGUUUGACAGUGGGGAUAUUCCUACUCUUGCCUCCUUGUUGAAACUUUUCCUCAGGGAGUUGCCUGGUAGACUUAUUCCAGAGUCACACAGGACACAACUGCUGAAGGUGUUCAGGGAUUCGAAAGAGGAAGAACUGAAUCAGGCUGUGAGGAUGAUCCUGAACAGUCUUCCGGAGGAACAUUUUAACGUCCUCUGCUACCUGUUGUACUUCCUGUCCCGUGUGGCUGCUAAGAAUCAUCUAAAUCUUAUGACAUCCAAGAACUUGUCAAUAGUUUUUGGACCCACCAUCUUUCACGUUCCUCUCGGCCCCACCAUGAUUGAGGAACAGGGGCUGUGUAACACUUUGACAGAGCACCUGCUGAACAACCUGAAACAUUUGCUGCCGAACAUGUACCCUCAUGCAUCCACCGGCAACACAGCAACUGAUCUGGUUGUUGCCCUGCGUGUGCCCAUAUGA